GCCCAGGAAAAGUGGCACUCGCGGAGCCCGCCGGAGCGCGGAGGAAAUAAAAGCGGCGGCGGGCAGGAAGUGUGAGGAGGAGGAGGAAGGGGAGAGGAAGAAAGAAAAAGAAGAAACAGCAGCAGCAGUUGCUGCUGCCGCGGCAGAAGAGAAAGCAAAAGCCGCCCGACCGUCUCGGUGCCCCUGUCCCGCCUUCCGCGGGGCUGCGCGGGGCGGCCAUGGCCCGGGAGAACGGGGACGGCGGCGGCUCCUGGAAGAAGCAAGCGGAGGACAUCAAGAAGAUCUUCGAGUUCAAGGAGACGCUGGGGACGGGUGCAUUCUCUGAAGUUGUUCUGGCUGAAGAGAGAGCAAGCGGGAAACUGUUUGCAGUCAAGUGCAUUCCCAAGAAGGCACUGAAGGGAAAGGAAAGCAGCAUAGAGAAUGAAAUUGCAGUCCUGAGAAAGAUCAAGCAUGAAAAUAUAGUUGCCCUGGAAGACAUCUACGAGAGUCCAAACCAUUUAUAUCUGGUCAUGCAACUAGUGUCUGGGGGAGAGCUUUUUGACCGCAUCGUUGAAAAAGGGUUCUACACUGAGAAGGAUGCCAGCACCCUGAUCCGGCAGGUCCUGGAUGCUGUCUACUACCUGCACCGAAUGGGCAUCGUGCACAGGGACCUCAAGCCUGAGAAUCUGCUUUACUACAGUCAGGAUGAAGAGUCAAAAAUCAUGAUCAGUGACUUUGGAUUGUCAAAGAUGGAGGGUAAAGGAGAUGUGAUGUCUACAGCCUGUGGGACUCCUGGCUAUGUUGCUCCUGAAGUGCUGGCCCAGAAACCCUACAGCAAAGCCGUGGAUUGCUGGUCCAUCGGAGUCAUCGCCUACAUCCUGCUCUGUGGUUAUCCCCCUUUCUAUGAUGAAAACGACUCCAAACUCUUCGAGCAGAUCCUUAAGGCAGAGUAUGAGUUUGACUCUCCGUAUUGGGAUGACAUCUCCGAGUCUGCUAAAGACUUCAUUCGGAAUUUGAUGGAGAAGGACCCUAAUAAAAGAUACACCUGUGAGCAAGCAGCACGGCACCCUUGGAUCGCUGGUGAUACAGCACUCAACAAAAACAUCCACGAGUCGGUCAGUGCUCAGAUCCGGAAGAACUUUGCAAAGAGCAAAUGGAGACAAGCAUUUAAUGCCACAGCAGUCGUGAGACACAUGAGGCGGUUACACCUGGGCAGCAGCCUGGACAGCGCGAGCGCCAGCGUGUCGAGCACCCUCAGCCUCGCCGCGCCGCUUCCCGAUGCAGCCACGCGGAAAGAUUGUAUGUCACCAUCCACUCUCUGUAGUUUUGUUUCAUCUGCUUCUUCAGGCGUUUCUGCGGUAGGAGGGGACCGGAGACCCAGACCCACCACAGUGACCACAGUGCACACAGGGAGCAAGUGAGAGCCGGGCGGCAGGAGGGGGCCGGUGGCCGGGCUGGCAGGGGUCCCCACGCCAUCCCACUCACCACACGCCCUGCCAAGGACUAGAAGAGAGAAGAUUUUUUUAUGGCCAUAUUUUAUACUGCAAUUCUGAAAUGUUUCAUUUAUCACAAACUGCAAUGACUCCAGGUGGAACGGAUCUAACAGUCUCUGGUGCUGUACAUAUAUAUACAUAUAUAUAAAUAUAUCUAUAUAUAUGUGAGUCUAGCAAUGUUCUAACUAAUGAACACUCAUUCUUUUCCCCAGUGAUUUACUCUUUCCUCAGUAUAGGUAACAGUACAUGUUGUAUUUUUUUUCCAUUAACUACGAACAUCUCAACUGGAUUAUUUAAAUAUACUUUUCUGAGCAUUACAAUCUUUUUUUCUGUUAAAAAGUACUUCCAGUAAUGCCCCUCCUUCCAGUUUGCUGGGGGAAGGGCAGUUUCUGUAGGUAGGAACUGAUGUUAACUUUGCAGCAUGGGAGGAUUUCAAUGGCAUGUCAUUUCUUGCUCUUCAAAUUUGGACUGCAAGUCUGUCUGGCUUUAGCAGAGCUGUUGCUGCUCAGAUUAAGAAUCUGCUGCUUUCCCUCCCUUCCUGCUCCUUGAAAGCCAUGGCAAGAGUUAAAUUGCUACCAGCUGGGAGUCAGUUCAGCCACGCCCUCAUUCCUGUAGUGCUGGGGAUCUGUAGCACCCUUGUUUGAGACCAGAGGUAGAUAAAUGGUGCCAGUUAGGAACUGACUAGAGCUGAGCAAAUGAAAUGACAGGGCAGGGCCUCAUCCUGCAGCUCCUAUGUCCUUUGAGUUGCUGUGUGUUAUGAAGGAAAAUGAAGAUGUGGGUCUGGGAGCCAGUCAUCCUCUGCUGCUGACUGACUGUGCUGCCCUGGAGCAAGAUGUUGAAUUCAGCAGCCUCCCAGCCUGACCUCUGGCACCGGGUGCAUCCAGCCUGAGGGCUCUGUACCAGAGGUGCUGAGCACCCACAGCUCCUUGAGCCUUUGUGUGGUGUUGCUCAGCACUUCCCAAAACUGAGUAUUGAAAAUCAAACAGAAAAGUUUGGACCUUAACCUUUGUGUGCCUGGGUUUCACUCCUGAGGAGAGGGUUGAUGCACUAUGAAGCACUGGCAGGUUCUUGGUUGCGAAGUGCAGGAUCUGGUGUAGCUUUGCUCAGUCAGGCUCUGGCAAGGAGCACUGUGCUGGAGAAGUAGGACCUCUGACAGGCAUAGGCAGGUGCAGUGGUGAUACUGGGGCCCCCUCCUCCCCAGAAGCUCUUAGAGAAAGGCAAGCUCAGUUUCCCCAUGUUUAAAUUACUAAGUACAUGCACUUCCCAGGCUCCAUGUGCUAGUGCAUCAUUUGGGAACAGCCACCAUGACUGUCAGCAGCAUCAAAGCAGCUUGAAGCAGAAAGAGGAGCAAAUCUGCCUGGAUUUGCCAAAGGGCUCCAGGUUACUUCUGUGCUAUUCCCACCUGUGAUUUUCCUGCAAGAAGAAGCAAAAGGAGGCAGGUGGAAGAGGCAGACACCCUUCCCCAGCUGCUGUGAGCCUCUCACAACCCAGACAGAUUCAUCUCCCAACAGAGGCACGAGCUAUUUCCCACUGUGUGCUUUGUUGCCACAUUCAUUUAUCCUGCACAAGGAAUUGUGAAAGCCAGUCACAGCCACAGCUGAAUGUAACAGUCAAUAGUGACCAUGCUGGGAAAAGCCAUAAGAGAACUUUCCAUUGAAGCUUCAAAAUCCUUCUUUAGCUUCCACUGUUGGUUGCCUUCAACUGGCUCAGCCAGGAUUUUGUCCAUCAUAUUUCGAGCACUAAAAGCUGGAAAAGCAGGAGGCAGUGAGCACUAAGUUUGAAAUAGCCUCUCCUCUGGUGGCACUUAUAGCUGUUGCACCCAAUAGAUCUCUAAUCUCCUGAGUAUUAAGCUGCUCCUUGUUUUUGGAGGGUUGUGGCACAUCAGAGUGAGCCCUGGGAGCCCCCCACCGUGUUGCAGUUGACAUGGGUGCUCUUGCAGAAAGGCUUCAACUUCACAUUUAGGGAAGAUGCCAGGUAUUGGUCUCUUGAGGAUUGGUAGCAAAAGUCCAUAUAAUUUCUCCAGUGAGGACUUUGGAUGGAGAUCUGGGCAGAAUGAUGGACAGGGGACCUCCUUGCUGCGAGUCACACUCCUGUCCCCAUCCCCAGACUGCUGCCACCAUGUGCUCCUUCCCCACUGACAAAGAGCAGGACGAGCUUCAUCAGCAUUUACCCUCGAGGCUCAGAGGGAUCUGAAAGUUACUGUACUGCAAUUUACACUCAUUUCUAAGGCCACUUUAUUUUGCCAGCCUGAGUAAGGAAGCUGUUGUUUAGGAGAGACUCCUAUCCCAAGAAAUUCAAGUUAUUUUGAAGCCACAUAAGUUCGUCUGGCUUAUCCUGCUCCAGUUGCAUGGAUAUAAAUAGACAGUCCCUGGUUUUGGAGUCACUGGAGUUACCUACAUUUACAAGCAUGCAACAAACAGCAGGAUUUGGCUAGGGAUUAUCUUUGGACAGUUGUUCCAAUGAUUAGGGCUCUUUGCCUUCCCCUGUGAAACCUGAGGUUUGGGUUGAACUUGAUGUAGUUGCUGAGGUCAUCAGUCAAAAUACAGCAUCCAAACAGAUUGUGAAGCACUGAGGAAAAGCAAACGGAUUUCCAUCUGUAAAACAAAGAGCAGUGACAGGACAAAGGCAGACAUGCUAUCCUGCAGCUGGGGGGGUGUUCCCAUAUGCUGGCUGCCCCUCCUUGCUGGAUGCUUUCUGUAUUCUUUGUUGGGAGGGGUAUUUUUUCCUUCCCCACUUGGAAUUAGGGUGAUUCGGUUUCCUUCCUGAAGUACUCUGCUGUGGUGGUGUAAUUUGUCAGCAUUCUCUUUGGCUUGCUAUCAGCUGCUGGGACUUCUAGACAAGAAACAGAAGCACUUAAAAGCAGAAUUGUUUCUUUCUGCUACAUUUUUGGGUGGUGGGAAGCUCUGCUCUUGUAUCUUUGGUAGCAGCAAAACAGCUGGAGACCUGACCAGGAGUUCACCGCAUGCUUAGAGAUCUUGUCAUAGAGUCCUGAAGUAUCUCUUGUUAAAACUUCUCUAAUUCUGGGUAAAUCUGGGAUGAUUUAGCAGCACCCAGGUCAGAUUUAUGGAGGGAGCUAGAGCUGCUUGCCCCUUGGCAGCACAGCCUUGUACAGCAAACACUCCAGCAUCACUUGCCAAGGGUGCGCCAACGCCAUUGUUUGUCCUCCCCCUGCCCUACUCCACCACUGCUCAGUCCACCACUCACAUGUGCAAACACAAAACCAGGAGUAAAUAGUGUGUGCUUGGAGACAAGGGGCUAGUAGCUCCAAAGCAGAAGAUUCAAAACAAGUCUCCAACUGGCCUUGCCAUGAAGAAGCAGGUAGAAAAAUCCCUCUGGGCUCUUUCCCAAUAGAUUGUCCUACUAACCAAUGUGUGAUUUGCUCCUCACAUGAGGACUUCAGCCUGGACUCACCUGUCUGUUACCCUUUCCUGCUUUACUUUACUGGCACCGAUGUGGUUUUCAUUUGUAACUUGUUUUCCUCAGCUCCUUCCCCUUCUUUUUCUUUGCUUGCAGCUUUGAUUGUUGAUUUUUACCUCCAGAGUCACAGAGGCCAUCUCUGAUGCCAACAGCAGUGUUCUUGCUGGGAAAACAAACAAACAAACAAAAAAACAAUCCAGAAAACCUCCAGCUGGCCCUUGAGCCUGCAGAAGAAGUUGUGAGGACAGGCUGCCCGUGAACUCUGCGAGCUGAAAGUCAGUAUUGCAGUGGCAGGGGCUUCGGCUGCUGAUUUUGCAUGUGACUUCAUUCCCAGUGCAUCCUAACUUUCUGCUGGAUCACCCCUUCUGAAGCACGAAAUGGAUACUGGCCCCACGGCACGGCUAGUGGGGAGGUAGGAGCGUGGGGAAAACCUGGCAGUGAUGCUUUCCUAAGACUGUGUUACUCUUCUGGUGAUGUCUCUUUUGUUCUGGUUGCUAUUGUACAGGUGCCAUUAGAGUAGUGUGUGCAGAAAACAAAACCCAAGUAGGGUGUUACCUAUGCCUUGUGUGUCUGUUAUGGUUGUGGUGCUGAAAUAAAGCAAAACAAUGAUAGAGGGUCAUGCCUGAUAUGAAUCAAACCACAGAAAGGGAUGUCAGCCCACUGGUGGACAUCUCCAUGUAGUUCUGCAGUAGGCAUUAGAUGGGGUUUCUGCUGUGCUUGUGUCCUGCAUACCUCCAUGGCUAUUGACAGUAUUGUUUUCUAUAACCAAUUCUCCUUCUUCUGGACCCCUGCCCAUCCCUGAGGGACCCUGAGGCUAGUCCAAAGCUUUUCCCAGCCCUGGGAGCCAACAUAGCCACUCACCUCUGACUUUUCUCCCCAAACUAGAGUAUGGAUCUCCAAGGUACCCAAGACAAUGCAGUGGUAGCCAGCCCCAUGGCUGCCUCCUCUUUAAAUAUGACCCUGUUUCUAAGUGAAACAAGCCCCCAGGGAAAGGCAGAUAGCUUUUAGUCAUUGGUGAGCAAGGAGAAAAUUACCCUUUGCUAUAAAUGUGGUAUUACCUAGAUCAGAUCUGGGAAAACUUGUGCUGUCAUUUCCCCUCUGGUAACAGCUCUAACCCUGUGCAGCACUGGGUGAGCACUGCAUAAAAACACUAGCUAGACUUUGCCAACAAGUUCACACAGACUGUGACCUGUUGCUUUUUGUUAUUUCCAAAGAGUUAAGGGAUUAAUCUGCUGGCAAAAUAAGUUUCUAGACUGAGUCCUGAGCUACAGAAGUAUCAUCCUUUCAGUAUAUGGAAACUCCUAUUGAAUGUGCUUACUUGCAUUCCUAUUCCCAUGCAUAUUUAUCUGUCUGAGCAGAGACCUCAAUGCAUGCCACAGAUUAUUCAUUGGAAGGGAGUUUUUACUUCAUUAUCGUGCUCAUUUACACCAGAGACUUGAUGCAAAGAGUUACGUUCCUUCAAGCAAAAAGUGGAAACGCACACAGAGGCUAUGGUAUUGGUAUCCCAAGGGAAAGAGCAUCAAAACCAAGCGUGGAGAAUUGGCUGGCAAAUCACUGUCAGCAAUGGCUGAGUGAGGAAACAGCAACCUGCUCACAAACAUUGCCCAGAGUUUCCCCUGCUAAAUCAGUCAUUGUGGAUUUCUUGCCCAGCAGCAGGUUUUACACAACCCCUUUUUGGUUUUCCCUGAAUCCCCACAGCUGGGUCCUGCCUUCCCAUCCUGCCUGCAGGAGCAGUCCUGUCUCCAUGACACACAUGUGUCUGUGUGUGUGUCGUGGCCCCAGGGAUCACGGAUCGCACCCUUGGGAGGUCAGGAGUGGGUUUGGGUUGUUUGGUCUGACUUUGCAUGACUGGGUCAAAGCUGUGUAAAUAGUGUUUGUAAUGGAGGAUAAAGGCUCUUUAGCCCAGACUCUGGUUUUCAAGACUCCUUCCCCACCAUGAACCGUGCCACUGAUCAGUUUCUUUCCUCCUCUUCAUAAAUUACAUGAUCAGAAGAGUGGCUCUUACAUUUGUUCCAUACUCCAGAGUGGAAUCAGGGCAUGUGUGCUCGCAAGCAUUGUGAAAAAACACUGCUGAACUAAUAAUGGCAUCAGAUGUCCAAUAAAUGCAUGAUACUGCACUGCAUGUAUUAAACUGCUAUUCACUGUUUCUGUAUUUCCCAAGCCUUUUCUUUGUACACCUUCAACACAACCUUUUCUUCAAGGGGUUUUCUUCUACGUUUUGCUUUUAAAUGACUCAAUGUAUCUGUAACUCGAAAUCCAUCGUUAAGUUUGAGUAAAUGCAAAAGCUGAUGUUUUGUAAACAA